AUGGCGAAGGGGAGCCCACUGCUGCUCGGGAGCAUAGGAUACACGGGGCUAAUAGCAGCAGCGCAAUCAGCCAGCAGUCAUGCACAGAAGCGAAGAUGGCAGAAGUCGAGCGUCAACGCAGAUGGAAGAUUUGAUGGCCCGACGCCGAAACCCAACCGACGACUCCAGCUGAUACAACAAUGUUCACCAUCACAAGUUAGCUUCCACCUUCCAAUGCACUUUACUCAUCUAUGGCCUCAUCGCGAACGGGAGCAAGAUGAACGUGCAGUUGACAAGAAUGCCUCGCAAUCCCCGAUUUUUGAUUGGUGGCAUAAACACCCUAGGUUCGAUCUUCAUCCUACUACGCAAGAUACCACGAAGCCUCUGGGGUGA